AUCUCUAUGAAAAGCAUUGAACAUUCUGGUAUCGAGGUCUUGGGUCAGCCGCGGUGAGGGUCGUGGCAGUACGGCUGAGCGCCCGCAAACGGAUCGAUAUAUUAUGCAGCCCCUCGUCCACAAAUGGUUACGUGAGCGACCACAGCUAUCUGUUGUUGAAGAAGCUCUGGAAUGCCAAACUGCAAUGGCAGUACUGUGGCAGGCUAUUAGCAUGUUGGGUAACGAUGGGGAAGGUGAAAUGGCCAUGCAUCGAGAUAUGAAACCACACGUUAACCAUUGUUUGGGGGCGGAUCAGGCACAGGAGUGCGCACGCUUCGGAAAGGUGUACCCAAAAUGUGGUGCUUUCUCAGAUGCCGAGGUGUUGCUGCGGCAGGUUCAGGACCAUGUGGUUUUCUCGCCUAGGUCGCGGCCACAACAUACGCGUUGCUUCAAAGAAGCCCGGGCUGGUUCGCUGUGGUAUCUGACAUGGUCCAACGACGCAGCUGAGCUGCUUCAUGAGGUGUACGACUCCUGA